AAUAGGUUACUUCCGGCUGUCUCUGUGGUAAGACAACAUGGCGGCGUGCUUCACCCUCCACACCACAAUGUUACGCGGGGCGUUGCGGGGGGUUUUGGGCCGACACAGCCGGACCUUGGCCGGUCCCGCUGCUGUCACGCAUCGGUCGGUGUGCAGCGCCGCUCUGGAAGACAAAAGCCCUGCGAUAGUGGAGUCGACAGAGGAAUACAAGUUUGUGGAGCGGCUCAUCCCGCCCACACGGGUCCCCACUCCUCCUAAACACGACGGUCCUGCCCCGUCCGGCUGGCUCCCUCCGGCGGAGGCACCGCCGGCUCUACCCUACAUGAUACGCCGCUCCCGCAUGCACAACAUCCCCGUCUACACCGACGUGUCGUACGGCACCCGCAAGACCACGCUGGUACGGAAGGUGGAAGGGGACAUCUGGUCUCUGGAGAGAGACGUGAAGCAGUUCCUGAAGGAGGUGACGGGUAAAGACCUGCCCACCCAGGUGAACGAGGUGACCAUGACCCUGCGAGUCAAAGGUCACUAUGACCAGGAGCUGAAGGAGUGGCUGGCCAAGAAGGGCUUCUAGCCGAGGAGCUUCCUCUCAGGACAGGACCUGGACAUGGGGAGGACUUUUAGUGUCAAGUCCAGCGGGCUCACAAACCAGCAGAUGCCCUGUCUAGAUCCAUACUGACAUGACAGCAAGACUGGAAAUGUGGACAACUAUCCUGUCAUGAAGGCCUGAUGGAAAAUGCUUUUGACACUAGGGGACUUUGGACUUAUUGCAUCAUAAAUUGGAAAACAGUGUACAUACUUGUUGAACGUCAUUAAAUAUGAAAUCAAAACUUUCAUGCUGUGCUGUGUCUCUUGUUGCUCUUGUGUGGGUGAAUAAAGCAACAUACCCUGUA